UGCUGUCUGUUUGGAAUCAUCAGUGACCCGUGGGACCCUCAAGACCCAGUUGGAGUGGAGGUCGUGCUCGGCCGAGCUGGAGGCCACUGUUGGAGGAGGGCAGAGAGUGAGAAGCCCAGAUGAGACUGAUCAUAAUGCCAUGCUUUGUGAAGGGAGAUUGCUGAGGAUGUCUUAUGAUGACUCAGAGGAGGUGGACUUCCUGUCUCCUCGAAAGGCUUUCCACAGUUCCCACAGGCCAGCUAACGUCUCCUCCAGUCCGACUCCACUCAUCCAUCACAGCACCUCGAUACAAACAGAGGACACACAAGACAGUCCAAGUGCUUCAGAGGAGCUGAACAUUUCUCCUUUGCAGUCUUUCAACCUCCAGGGGGUCUAUAGGAGAAGACUGAUAUCUUCAGAGAUAGAAAUCCCAGUCCAAGCACACUCAGGUGGCGAAACCCCUUUUUUGGUUCCCUCCUUCUGUGAGAGCAUCUGUAAAAACUACAGCGACCUCUACAUUGGAGGUGAGCAGGUGCUGCCUGUCUCAGCCAGUGACGGUGAGCUGAGGGUCUGUAACGAGGCUCAGGCUGCCGGCCCCUUCCUCCAGUCAUGUGAUGUACCCCCAGCUGUGGAGGACUCACUGCCAGAACAAACAUCUAAAGGGGGUCCACCCUAUCCACUGAGGAGAGGGUCAAAUCACUGGCGACAGGGCAGCGGCCGCGACCGAAGCUUUUUGUUCCAGGGCCGCGAGGGUCCUUUCUCCAACUCCCUUCUAAAUCACUACCUGGAGCAAAAACUGAUGGAUCUGUACCAGCAGUAUAUGAUGGAGAACAUGGUGAGAGAGAGGGCCCCUGGUUCAGACUCGGAUGCUGACAUCAUUUGCCCUCUGCUGGGCUCAGACCUCGUGCUCACCAGCCUGGACCACAUCACUCUGCAGCUCAGUCGAGAGGGAAACCUGGAGGCAGGGCUGGCUAAGGACAUGGUUCUGAGCUGCCUGCUGCGGGUGGCCAGUGACCUGCAGUCUGGGGAGAUCAGCACACCCUUUCUGCAGAUUUCAAAUGAACCAUCCAGUGAGCACCUCACAGACACUAAACAAGAGUCACCAUCGGGUUGAAACUAACUCGUUAACUUAUUUAACACUUGAGAAAAUUUUAUAAGUAGCUGCCAUGAUUGAUGUGAGUUUGCAUCAUUUUGUGUCAAAGUUUCUUAUAGUAAACUCAUAUUAUUUUAUUUUUUUUCUUUUUAAAAGACUGAACAGGAACUAAAAACUGAAACUGCUAUUUCCCCUUUAUGUAAAAAAAAUCACACAGAAAAACACAGAAUUGUGGCUUUUCUUGUCACGACAUGUAAGGUUUGAGUUCAAUUUAGAUCUUAAUCCUUGGCUUUGUGUUUGUAUUAUUGGUUUUUUGUUUUGUUUUGUUUUGUUUCAUUGAAGGUUUUCAGCUUCUCAUCCACUAUUUGCCUCCUAUUAGUAGUCAUUACAUCUGUUCUCAAUUAGUCUUAUGGAUAUGAGCACCAGUGACCCCCGUCACCCUGAAAGGAAGAAGCGGAUGGAUGAUGAUGGAUGGAUCCUCAAUUUACCUUCAUGUAUUUUGCUGUUGUCAUUGUUUCAUGCUGCAUUUGAAAUUCUUUGAUAAAAUCUUUGAAGUUUAGAUUCUUGUUGCUUUGUCACCUGUGUGCCUGCAUUUGGGUUCUCCUACAGCUCACAUAGCAUCUCUACUUAAUGUGAAAURUCCUAAUAAAGUUUUCACCUUCACCCAUAAAUGCAUUUGGCUUUUUAUUACUUUAGCAUGCCUUGAUUUUAAAAAAAAUAUUUUGCAGCAUUGUAGAAACAUGACAGUGCUUUCAAAAUCCAUUAUCUGG